CGCGGCGCUGGCGGCGGGCCCCGCGCUGCUGCCGCCGCCCGCGUCGGGCGGCCGCAGCCUUGCGGCGGGCGGGGCGGCGGCAGUGGCCGCAGGGGGCGCCCGUGUGCCACGGACGAGGGGGGCACCGCUCGCUGCAGAGACCGGCCCUGGCCCCGGCGUCGAAGAGGCCAGCCUGGGCGGCGGCAUCGCGGAGCUCGAGGGCGAGGAGGACCUGGGCUACACCAUCGACUCGAGCUUCACGCCCGAGGAGAGCGCCCUCGUCGUCCAGGAGGACGACUCGAGCGAGACAAAAUAUUACGGCGUGGGCGAUGCCAGCGGCGUACCCAUCUUAGACUGCCCAGACGGGGAGCCCGUCGACACGCUCAUGCCUGGUUUCGUUGUCGCUGCGCAGGUCCCCCCAGGAUCAGCGCAUGCAAAGCUGCUGGACGGCCGCGGUUGGCUACCGUUGAGCGAUAGCGUCCACGAAGUCAAUCCGUGGGCGGCUCGCAUGAUGAAAAAAAUGGGCAUGGACCGGGACGAUGCCCUGUCCCUGGCCUACCUCCACGUCGAUUCAAGAGACGAUGAGUUGAGCCCAUUGUCUGAGCAUCUACCUUUGCCAGGGCGUGUGGUCAGAAGCUUAGCGAAGGCAGGGGUUCAGCAGGCGUCCCCCAUCCAGGAAGCUGUGUUCAGCCGCAUACAUCGUGGCGAAAGCAUGUGCUUGCAAAGCCAGACUGGAACUGGGAAGACCCUAGCAAUGGUUCUGCCACUGUUGGCUGCGAUGUCCGAGGAGUCCGAGUGGGGUGUCGAGGGAGACAAGAUAAUCAUUGUCGCGGCCUACCGCGAGCUAGCAGUGCAGAUUUAUUCUGAAAUUGACAAGCUUGGGUUCUACCCUCAAGGCCAGGGUAUCGCAACACUCGUGAUCAUUGGUAAUCUGCCGGCGGUGGAGCAGAUCAGGAGAGCUAACAUCAUCAUUGGCACUCCGGGGGAAUUGGGUGGUGUGCUGCACAAGGAAGACGACAUCAUCAAAGAACUCAACACAAAGCUUCGAGCAGUCGUUUUGGACGAAGUGGAUGAGUACACGACCGCGCCUAAGAUAUUCGGUUCUGAAUGGGCCAAGCACCGCAAACGCAAGGUGUACAACGAGAAGAAGACCGUGAUGGACAACGUAUUGAGGGAACACAACACUGGGAAGAUCGAAUGGUUCAUGAAGCGUCAGUUAGCCUACUCGCGCCGCAGAGAUCUGCAGGUGCUCGCGGCUUCAGCCACCAUGAACCGAAACAUUGCGUACAAGGUGCACCGCUUGCUCAGGUGGGAUCCUCUGGGUCGGUGGUACAACAAACCACCUCCUCUGAUGCGCCCGCUGAAAUGGGGGAACGUGGAUUGGCAGAACAUUCCACGAAUGCCCACGGUCCCACUGCACUUGCAGCAUCGCUACGUGCCCGUGGUCAAGGGGCCAACCACCGUCGAGAUCACCGACCACCAUUGGAAGCGAGCGCCUUACGCGAAGGGCGGCCUGCCACGUCUAAAGAAGAUGGGCCUAGGCGGCCAGUCGCACAGAGGGGCGUAUGGAGGCAGGCAUCUGGAGCGCUCUGGCUGGGGCGCGCGCCCUGUCACGAAGGAGACGGCCGCGUCGCUCAUUGACGGUCUGCACGACGCACUGGCCUCCCGUGGGCCAGGCAGCUGCAUGGUAGUGGUGAUGCAGUCCGUGGGCAUCACCAUACGCGAGGUAGUGAAGAUCUUGCACGACUGGGGGUUCUACGAGGCGGAGGCCUUGCACAGGACCCUGUGGACCGACCCUAAGGAUUGGCCGUCCAAAUGGGCCGAGAAGUACACUUACGAUAAGCGCGACCAUUCGGCCGAGCUCGCCGAGAAGCACGCGCAGCUCAACAAGCGCACAAUGUCAGCAGAGCAUAAGAGCUUCCCCGUAGGAUCGUUCGAAUGGAACGCCCUGGAACAGCGCAAGGACAGAGGAGAGGUCACCUCCCCCAUCCUCGUCGGUUUCGAGCAAAGUAGCCGUGGGCUCCACUUCGACGGCGUCGAGACGGUGUACCUGCUCGGGCUGCCCCGGAAGCCGGAGAUAUAUCUCCACGCGGCUGGGCGGGUGGGCCGGCUGGGCCAAAAGUCGGGCAAGGUGGUGUCGAUCGUCCCAAAGCGCAGCACGAAGGUGCUCCACAAGUGGAGGAAACAUAUAGGCCCGAACGUCAAAUUCGAGGAAGAGCUUGUGAGACGCAACCUCAGCACGGAGGUCUCCCUAGGCGUCGCAAAAGGAGGAAUAGGAGAGGGAGCAUGA